AACACUAGCGUUUCCCAUCGUAGUACACCUUGGCGCAAAAUGAAUGUGGACGAAAAAUUUGACCUUAUCACAAAAGGUCUUCAAGAAGUUUUGAAUCCACAGAUUUUGAAGGAUGUGUUACUGAAAAACGAAAGACCAGUCAGAAUCUACUGGGGAACUGCUCCCACAGGUAAACCUCAUUGUGGGUAUUUUGUCCCUAUGAUUAAGUUGGCGCACUUUUUGAAAGCGGGCUGUGAAGUGAAGGUAUUAAUUGCAGACUUGCAUGCUUACUUAGACAGUAUGAAAGCACCUUUGGAAGUCGUUCAAUAUCGCGCCAAGUAUUAUGAACACGUUGUCAAGACAAUUUUGAAGUCGAUCAAUGUGCCAGUCGAAAAAUUGAAAUUCAUUGUUGGCUCUGAAUAUCAGCUCACCCCGGAAUACACAAUGGAUCUUUUCAAGUUAUCCAGCAAGGUUUCUCAGAAUGAUGCCAAAAGAGCAGGGGCGGAUGUUGUCAAACAGAAUGACAAUCCUUUACUUUCAGGCUUGAUUUACCCUUUGAUGCAGGCUCUCGAUGAACAAUAUUUGGAUGUGGAUGUGCAAUUCGGCGGUGUUGACCAAAGAAAAAUCUUUGUUCUUGCCGAAGAGAACUUGCCUGGCAUUGGCUAUAAAAAGAGAGCACACUUAAUGAAUCCUAUGGUACCGGGCUUGGGCCAGGGAGCAAAAAUGAGUGCAUCUGAUCCAAAUUCUAAGAUUGGAGUAACCGAUGCUCCGAACGUUGUGAAGAAGAAGAUCGCAUCGGCUUUUUGCGCUCCAGGAAACAUUGAAGAAAACGGACUUCUUUCAUUUCUUGAAAAUAUUGUUCAGCCAAUCCAGGAAUUGAAAUCUGGAAAAGAAGGCAUUUUUAACUUUUUUAUCGACAGGCCUGAGAAGUACGGAGGACCUAUCGAAUAUUCUUCCUUCAAGCAUUUGAAAUCUGAUUUUGCCGCUGAAAAGUUAUCGCCCGUGGACUUGAAAUCCGGUGUGACUGACAAAAUCAACGAGCUUUUGGCUCCUAUAAUCGAAGCAUUCGAGAAUGACAAAGACUUCCAGGAUGCUGAUAAACAAGGAUAUCCUGUUGAAGCCCCCAAAGAAAAGAAGUCCAAAAAAGUUAAAAAUAAGGGAACAUUUUAUCCAGGAAACAAGGCUGCGCCUUCUAAUGUCGAAGAUGCUACCAAAAAGCUAGAAGCUACCAGUUUGUAACUUUCUAUAUCUAAUUACAUGCGUACACGUACACCGCCAGAUCGUCUGUUCGAAAUCAUUCGCGGAGAAUACUUUUUUCUUUCUAAUGUCGC